AUGGACCACGUGUGCAACACAGCUACCGACGCCUUCCAGAAACUGUCUCCACCGGCAGCCUCGGAAGACGCUAUAGACGUCGCUGCAAACGAUAGCGACGGCGAGGGGGAGGGCACUGAGGCGCUUCAGUCAGAGCCGGACCCCCCUGAGGGAGCGGAGAUUAUAAAGCGGAAUGCUAAAUUCAUGGAAAAUGUCACAGUGGACGAUGGAGAAGAAUACGAGGCUGUGAUGUGGCAGCGCAGACGCCAAAUAGAUAGAGAAAUCUUCGACGCUUACGCCGAAAUUGAGGAACUUGACAGCCUCUUCGCUGAACUCAAAAGGGAACCCAAAUGUGAACCCAGGAUCUUCAGUCGAGGAAUCAUAAGACGCUGGGACAAAAGAACGAUUUGCUGUGUUUUUUUGCCGAAGAAUCGGAGGACGCUAUAG